AUGAAAUCUUGCACUUUAAAUCCUGCAAAAUUAGCUCAACGUAUUUUCUACUCAGCCAAAAGAAUUUACAUUAGCCUCAAUUUCACCAAAUUUGACACCCCCAAGCCCAAAAAUAAACCAAUAAAACAUUCAUUUGAUAGUGAACCGACUGACAGAUACGAUACCGAUUUUCCACACAAUUCGACUGUUAUAAAUCCUUUUUCCGAAAAUAAUUCAAUAACCCCGAAAAAAGCAGACCAAAGCCCUUACAAAAACAUCAGGUAUAUACACAAGCGAAAUUUCUCAAAGUGUGACAAUUUUGAGCCUAAAAAUGCAACGCCAAAUAAUUCCCACAAACGGCACUCCAGUACUGGCACGAAUGAAAAUAUGGAGACCCCUCUAUUAAAAAGCAAUUUAAAGAGACUGUCUAUGUCAUUUAGAUUGGAUAAAGAAUCCUUUUCUGCUGACUCCCCCCCCUCCGUGAGUGAACAAAAAAAAAUUUUGUUCACUCACGGAGGGGGGUUAAUUUGUUUUUUAAAAACAAUUUACUAUAUAAAUUGUUUAUAAAAUUUUUUUUUCAAAAUUUAAAAAAAUCUCACUUCUAUAAAAAAUUGGAAAACAAAUAUUAAUUUAAUUUAUAAAAUUUAUGUUUUAAAAAGCAAUUUGUUUAAAAUUAAAUAGAAUUAGCUCGAGAUUUAUUAUACUAAUUAUCAUUUAUAUAUCAAAAUUUUUUUCCAUAAAAAAAAUUUUCUAUUAAAAAAAUUUGUGUUCACUCACGGAGGGUGGGUUUUGGGCAAAAAAAUAGCGAUUUUUCUAAUGGUUUUGUUCACUCACGGAUGGGGGGAGUGAGGUUAAACGAUUUUCCAGAGUCUCAAGUAAAUUAAAAUAA